AUUUCCAAUUUAAAGUCGGGAACUCAUUUACCCAUUUCUCAUCUACUCCGUCCCUCUCUUACGGGAUUCAUAUCAAACACCACGCCAACACCACAUCACCACCGCGCCAGCACCUCACCAUCACCGUGCCACCACAGCCGGAGUCUUGCCACUGUGCGUGCCUCCUCGUGCUCCUCUGUGAGCGCAAUUCAGUAGCAUGUUCUUCACUCAUUUCUCUCAUUCCACCUUUGUCUUCUCUAUCAAAGAUAUUCUUGUACAUGACAUUGCUGGCCAGAGAAUGCGGUAGGGGUAGACAAAAGGUUUGGUUACCUAGUACUACAUCCCUCAAGAAAUAAUUUUGGCUAUCAAUCACCAGUCAAUUUCUGUGACAACUUUUCUUUAGAAUUUUCCCUGAAGAAAUAAGUUUGGCUAUCGAUCAGCAGUCAAUCCACAACACCGUUGUUUAUCUGUAACGGUUUUCUUUAGGAUUUUCCCAGCACUGCUUCCUGUUCGGGAGCUAAUCAGAUGGAUAAGAAUAUCCAAGUCUUUUUGAACAAAAUUUCUUUAUUUUCAGCCAUAAUUGCGACCCUCGUCCUCUUUUCUAUUCUCAUCCAUCCGCCUGAAACCUGUUUUCCCUACUUUUCCCCUCAUAAUCCCCUCAAAUUUCCUAGUUCAACAUGCGAGUUUCACCAUCAUCCACGCCCUUUCUCCACCCUAGAGAAGAAAAACCGUCGCCUCUGGUCCACUUCUGCAUGGUUGAACAAAGUUAAUUCUUUUUUCAUCGUCUUCAUGGAUGCUAAAAAGCAUAAUAGUGUUAUUCCCUCAACCACUAUACUGUCAAACUCUUCCAAGUCACUCUGCCUCUUAGCUGGAGCUGGCCAGGAGGUUAUGGCUCUCCAACAGAUUGGCGUCUCAGAUGUGACAGCCAUUGAUCUUGUUGACUCUCCUCCUCUGGUUAGUCGUGCUGACCCUUACUACUUGCCAUUCUUUGAUGAUGCUUUUGAUUUUGCGUUCUCUGCUCAGUUUGACAUUGUUCUGUUCCCGACUCGGUUUGUUGCCGAGAUGGAAAGGACUGUUCGGAUUGGUGGCUUCUGUCUUUUACUCGUUGAGGAAUGUACAAAUAAGGAAGUAAGAGAUAUUGCACAGUUGUUUAAGCGAGGGAUUCUGGUUGGUGCCAAUAAUCUGACAUUUAGUGGGUCGAAAAAGACUAGAAUCGUUAUGAGGAUAACAAAUGUCAGAUCAUAUUGAAUAUUGAGCGCUUGGAAUAUAUAUUGAAUUGAUUGUUCGUAUUUGUAAUUAAACUGUCAGUUUAGUGCUAUAUAGUCGAAUUCUGCUAAAUUGUGACGCUCUUACAACUGAAGAAUUCUUUUCAUGUCGAUAUCUUUUGGAUAAAGGACAGUUCCAUUUGCCCUAUGCUUGAUAGCAAAAAUCUUGUGUCCAUUCAUUUUGGCUCGUGUAGCGGACUCUAUAUGAUUGUGAUCAAGAGCUAUGGCAUUGUUUUUGUUGUUGGUCAUUGAGCUUUAAGAAUUUAACUAAGAUCGUUAUUCUCGAGAAUUUUGAUAACCCGGUUCUCUUCAUUAGGAUCCCUGGAAUCUCAACUUUAUGAAGUCAGUUUAUGGGCAUCCGCAAGCACUUAUACAUGAUCUUAGUAUAUGUGUUUCAUGACUUCUACGGUAUGUUUGGUUGUUGAUAUUGAAAUGAACAGGAAAAUUAAUUUUGGUCGUAAAAUUUCUUGA